AUGGCGGCCCCCGAGCAGCAGUUACCUAAAUCGAGAGGUUGCCCGAGCUCCUCUUCUCUUUCCCCUCCGCGGGGCGACCGAACCCUUCUAGUGCGGCACCUACCCGCAGAGCUGACAGCUGAGGAGAAAGAAGACUUGCUGAAGUACUUCGGGGCGCAGUCCGUCCGCGUCCUGUCAGAUAAGGGACGACUGAAACAUACAGCCUUUGCCACUUUCCCUAAUGAAAAAGCAGCUAUAAAGGCAUUGACAAGACUCCAUCAGCUGAAACUUUUAGGUCAUACAUUAGUUGUUGAAUUUGCAAAAGAACAGGAUCAAGUUCGCUCUCUAUCGCCUUCAAACACUGAAAAAAAGAAAAGAUCUGAUGACUCUGUGGAAGAUGAUAAAGAAAAGAAAGAACUUGGUUGUUUAACAAUAGAAAAUGGAAUUGCACCAAACCAUGGGCUGACUUUUCCUCUAAAUUCAUGCCUCAAGUAUAUGUAUCCACCACCUUCAAGCACAAUCCUGGCAAACAUAGUAAACGCCUUGGCAAGCGUACCUAAGUUCUAUGUACAGGUUCUUCAUCUUAUGAAUAAAAUGAAUUUGCCCACACCUUUUGGACCAAUUACUGCACGACCUCCCUUGUAUGAAGAUUAUAUGCCAUUGCAUGCACCCCUUCCACCUGGAUCGCCUCAGCCACCUGAGGAACCUCCUUUGCCAGAUGAGGAUGAGGAAUUAUCUAGUAAAGAGUCAGAAUAUGAAAGCAGUGAUGAUGAAGAUCGACAGAGAAUGAACAAAUUAAUGGAAUUAGCAAAUCUUCAGCCCAAAAGACCAAAAACAAUAAAGCAGCGCCAUGUGAGAAAAAAGCGAAGAAUAAAGGAUAUGUUAAAUACACCUUCAUCUGCUUCACACAGUAAUUUACAUCCAGUGCUAUUACCUUCAGAUGUAUUUGACCAACCACAACCUGUUGGUAAUAAAAAAAUUGAAUUCCAUAUAUCUACUGGCAUGCCAGCAACAUUUAAGAAAGAUUUAGAGAAUGAACAAAAUUAUGAGGAACAAAAUUAUGAUUUACCCGAUACUGAAGUUGAUGCAUCUAAUGUAGGAUUUGGAAAAAUCUUCCCUACACCUAAUUUAAACAUCUCAGAAGAGAUUAAAGAGGACUCUGAUGAAAUGCCCUCAGAAUUUAUAUCUAGAAAGGAAUUGAAAAAGGGCAAAAUUUCUAGAGAAGAUGAAGCAGCUGCCCAGCCAGGGCCCUCCCACCCACCUCCCAAUCCGACCUCACCCCAGGCAGAAGCCCCUGGCUCCUUGGAGGUCAGUGGGGCCGGGGGCAGCAGUAGUUCUGGCGGCAAGAAAUGCUACAGGUUGGAAAAUGAGAAGCUGUUUGAAGAGUUCCUUGAACUGUGUAAGAUGCAGACUGCAGACCACCCUGAAGUGGACCCAUUCCUCUAUAAUCGGGAGCAGCGUGUCCACUGUCUGUUCUGGCUUCAGUGGCGUUCUGCAGCGUUCUCUCGGGUUCUGUCUCAGGAGUGGCCUACCACCUCCAAGGCUGAAACAGAUGAGGAACGUGAUGAUGAGGAAGUGAUGGAGGCCACAGAUUCUGAAGAGGAGGAGGAUCUGGAACAGAAGCAGGAAUGUCAGGGGGCCAGUGACGAGGAGCAAGAGGAAGCAGAGGAGCUACUGACUCUUUCCAGCACAGAUGCUGAAAGCAGUGGAGAACAGUUGUCCCUGAAGGAAGAAAGUCCUGUGUCUCAGCUCUUUGAGCUAGAUAUUGAAGUUUUGCCCGUGGAGACCACCGCUUCCCCUAAGGAAAGGGACAUUUCCUCUACCAGGAAGCAAAUGGAGGUCUCCCUCUCCACUGUUCUGGAGAAUGGAGCAGCCAUCGUCACGUCUGCUUCCUUCAGUGGAGGUGUGUCUUCUCAUACUUGGGGAGAUUCCUCCCCUCCCAGGCAAGAAACCUCGGAAGGAGAAGGACACAGGAUCUGGAGACAGCUACAUGGAAAAGCAAGGGCAGUGCAUGAGAAGAAUGGGAAGAUUAUAUGUACCCUUCCCAGCCCACCCUCACCCUUGGCAUCCAUAACCCCAGUUGCUGAUUCCCUGACAAGGCUGGACUCUCCCAGCCAUGUUCUGGUCACCAGCUCCCUCUACAGCCCUUCUCCAGCAAUGUUUAAGCCCUUCUUUGUUCCUGUACAUUCUAGGUUUGAUAUCCGCUUGAUGAAAGAAGGUCGCAUGAAAGGACAAGCUUUCAUUGGACUUCCAAAUGAAAAGGCAGCAACAAAAGCCUUAAAGGAAGCUAAUGGUUAUGUUCUUUUUGGAAAACCGAUGGUGGUUCAGUUUGCUCGAUCUGCUAGACCAAAACAAGAUUCUAAAGAAGGAAAAAGAAAAUGUUAA